AUGACAGCGCCACAGCUCUUGUCGAUCGCUCCAUGGCUUCCAGAGAGGUCUCGACCCGGGAAAUGUAGACUGGGCUUGCGCUAUGUGGUCGGAGUCGUCGUUUCCAUCCUCCUGCUGAUAUACAUGCUGGUCCUGGGUGUCAUGCUACUGCUGCUGUCCAUCCCGAGGUUCCUGCUCCGGCUUCUGCUGCAACCAGCCCUCGGCUACUUUGGCCACAUCGUGGAGUAUGCCUACACCCUGAGGAUAUGCAAGUUGCACGUGAAGCUUUCUCGCGCAGUUCAGAAGAAAUGGAUGAGGCGCCCUUACCACAGCCGGUUCAGUGACAUCCGCACUCGCCUUUAUCCCUCUGACGGAGGAGUAUGCCAUGUCCAUGCAGUUCCUUGCCUCACCGACAACUUCUGCUAUGUUCUGGUGUCUGAGGGCCUUGGCGAAACGAGCGAAGCGAGGAGUCAGAAUGGCCUCAGGCAAGGCUUGGCUGCAGUGGUGGUCGAUCCUUGCGAUGCUGCUGCUGUAGAGGAGGCCCUCGAGCACAUAGCCGAGACCUUCUACGCGGGAUACGGCGGCCUUCGAUUGGAAGGGGUUUUGUGCACGCACAAGCAUUGGGACCAUGCUGGAGGCAAUGAGGAGCUCGCUGCCCGGGCAUCGCAGACACAGAGCUGCACAGAUUCCGCCACGGAGUCUGAGUCCCAAGAUGUGACCGUCCCGCAGCUGCUGCAUUUUGCGGAGAAGUUGAAGGUGUUUGGAGGGCUGGAAGACGAUGUUCCUGGCUGCACUGAUCCCGUGCAGCAUCUGGACUGCAUCGAGAUUGCCAACCUCAGCUUCCAGGCGAUCGGCGCCCCAGGCCACACGCAGGGAAGCGUGAUGUUUCGAUUGGCGUGCAAGGCCCAACCUUCGGAGACUGACGAGCGUCUGGAUGCUCUUUUCACCGGUGACACCCUCUUUUCUGGUGGGUGUGGUGCCAACUUCGAGGGCAGCGAGUUGGACAUGGAGCAUUGCUUUGGCACCAUACUGGAGACCUGUGAACCGAGCUACAAGACGUGGCUCUUUCCAGGUCACGAAUACACCUGCAUGCUGAUGGAGAACGCUUUGGUGGAGGCUUGCGACAAAGCGGCUUCGCGUCCUCCAGGGUAUUUCAUCGCUGUCUGCAGUGCUUUCUACACUGCGGCACACCGCCGCGCGUUGCGGGAUCGCCUCCCCACAGUACCGGUCUUGCUGGACGGAGAGCAGAUGGUCAAUCCACGUUUCAAAGCAUUGCGGCGGCAUGCUCGCACGCUCUUGGCAGCUGCGCAGCAAGUGGGGGUGCAGGGCGAAGCGACUGACCUCUCCGUCGGUACUGCCCAGGCCGAGGUGCCAGCAUUUCUCGUGCCGCAGUCUGCAUCCAGCCGCAAGAUCGCAAGCGGCCAGAAGGGAGAAGGCCAGAGCCUCUUGGUGGACGCCAGCGGCGCCCCGCCACCUCGUCAGCUGGCCGUGUUGUACCGGGCGGACCUGGAUGCUCUGAGGGCGGAGCUUUCGGCGGGAUUGGCCGGUGCUGAGGCCGCCGAGCGGCUGAGGCAGCUGGAAGCGCGACCUUUCGAAGCGCUCCUGAGCGGCGAGGCUGAUUGCUUCGACGAUUCCGGCCUCAAGCCAGAGGAGGAGGAGGCCAUCAAACAGGAAGCAGCAUAUGGGCAGCCGCGGGAUCUUCCGACGGAACUUCGUCCGAGCCAGGGGACCGAGUGGAGCGAGAUGCCUGUGAAGGAGGCGCUGAAGGCUUUGGCCGUACCCGCCCAUCUCGCUGUGGGGCCAAAGGUGCCCUGCAAAGAAGAGGACCUGCCAAUCAGCUUCCGCCGUUUGAAAGCCAUCUACGACCACCUCGGGGUACCAUCGAGGAGUUCGAGCGGGCUGCUGGCCGUGCUCCAAAAUUCUGGAGAGAACCCCAGCAGCGAGGAGGAGGAACAGCGUGCACAUUGCUGUGUUGCAAUGUGCUUGGGCUUGGAUCAGCUAUGCUGCGGCCAGUCGGCGCGAGGCAUCGUUGCCCGAAGCGUGGGCGACGAGAGUCCUCAUGCUGAAAGGCUUAUUCGGUUUCGGACGGCACUCAGUAGCUUGACUCCGCCCGAUGUGAAGCGCCUGAAGGAGGAGAGCUUCUUCCAACGAAUGCGACGGUGUCUUCCCUGCUCCAGGUCAUCUGAAAUCAGUGGGCAAAGCUCCGCAGAAUCUGCGCAGGAGUCCGGUGGUGAGGGCUCGGAGCCGACAACCGAGCCGCCGGAGUUGUCCGAGCUGCCUGAGACCGUGACUCGGAGACGGCGCCGUUUCCGUGCCAUCGAAAAGUGCUUCAACAAGCACCAGCCCGAAGGCUGCCCGCUUUGCACAUCUUCAUUCCGCCCGACACGCAGUGAUCUCUGA